GCCGAGCUGGGCCGCCGGCGCCCUCUGCUGCGCCGCGCCCGCCUGGCCGCGGCGGUGGCCACUGGAGGUCGUCCUCCUGUUCUGCUGCGCCUACUGGCGCCGCGACACCAGGUCGACUGCCAACAAGUGACGGCGACGUCAUCUCCCUGCGGAUGGCGCCGCUGGCUCGCUCUUCGACCAGAAGUCUGGCGUCGGCGGGAGGUGCGCGUGCCAGCGCCAGCGUCGCCUGCUGGCUUGGUGAGCGAGGAAAGCGAGAGCGGCCACGGGGCGAUCAGGGAGUGA